ACAAUAUGUUAUAAAUAACGCAACUCACUUCGUCUUUCUCUCCUCCCCACUUAACUUGCAGAACAGCAACAAUGGAGAAAGCUCUCUUCCGAUCAUCUUUCUUUUUUUAAUACUUUGUUUUCGUUUUAAGCUAAACUCGUUUGUCCCCUACUCAAAAAAAUGGAAAAUCGAGUGGGUUUCAGAUUCAUUCCUACGGACCAGGAGAUCGUGGACUAUUACAUCAGGCUCAAAAACAUCAGUGGUUCGGACACUAACCAUGUCGAUAAAGCCAUUGGAGCAGUCGACAUCUGUAGCUUCGAUCCUUGGGAGUUACCUUCCAAGUCACGGAGGGAAUCGAGAGAUCAGAUUUGGUAUUUCUUUUGUCGGAAGGACAACAGAGGAGAGAGACAGAGCAGAAAAACCAAGUCUGGUUUCUGGAAGAAAACUGGACCUACAAUGGAUAUCUUCCAAAAGAGAGGAGAUCGCGAGAAGAUCGGUGAGAAAAGGGUUUUGGUGUUUCACUCGAGCUGUUCCAAAUUGAAAUCAGCUUGGGUCAUGCACGAAUACGUGGCUAGCUUCUUGCCUCCUACUGAUCAGAUGACGUAUACAUUGUGUAAAUUAAAGUUCAAGGGUGACGCCAGUGAUUUACCUUCUUCUUCUGGUGCUGACGGCGGCGGCGAUGGUGGUGGUGGUGGAGGUGACGGCGACGGCGGUGGUGGUGACGGUUGUGAUGGUGGUGAUGGUUGUGGCGGCGGUGGAGUUGAUGAGCAUAAUCAAUUUCUCAUCACUCAUAAAUCUGGUGGAUAUGAGGGAUUACAGGAUCCAAGUCAGUUUAAUGUUUCAACCGAUGAUUUCAACUGUUUUCUCAAUUACAAUGAUGAUGAGCAGCAGGGGAAUACUAUGUUUAUGCAGUACGAUCGUAACACUUACAGACCAAACUCUACUUUGUGCCAGUACUCAAAACAUUUUGUUGCUUCUAAUUUGAUAUGAUUCAAGGUGAGCAAAAGCAGUCUUGAUGCCUCCAAGGAGAAUAUGAUGAUGUACAAGGGACUGAGAUGGGAGAGUACCAUAAGAGGAAGUUUCUUUUACAGGAAAAUCCGAAGAUGCAUCAAGAAAACUCUGGGACAUACGUAGCAUCAACCUGUACUCAAACGAUCCUACUUAACCCCUACAAGAUACAUCAGAUUCGUCAGAGUAAACGAAUAUUAAUGUCGAAUCAAAAUGCUUAUAGUAUUAAAAUGCUUAUAGUAUUAAAUAAUGUAUAAAGUCUCUUUUAGUCUACUACAUGUAUACAAGUGCAUGUUGUCAUGCCGAUGCUUAUCGUUAUUUUAUCUACGAUUUCUACGAAAUUUCUUGUUGUUUUAUUUGUCAAAGAAAUUUCUAAUUGAUCGUAUCCAUCU